AUGCUCCGCAGAGCCGCGCCACGUGCUUUUAGACCCUCGCGAGCGCUCGUCCAGCAGCGGAGGCGGAUCUGCUUCGAGCUAUCCCCGACGCAAUCAGAGCUGCGCGACCGUGUCAGGGCAUUUGUCGUGGACAAGGUCAUCCCGUUUGAGGGUGAUGAACGGCGCACGAGCCACGGACCCACCGACGAGCUUCGCGACGAGCUGAUUGGCUUGGCCAGGGAGGCCGGCCUGUUGUCGGGCCUUCCCGCAAUCCACAGCGAGCUCCGCUCGCACGUCUCGCGGGCGGUAUUUUUUGAGGCCGCGGGCUACUCCAUGCUUGGCCCGAUUGCGCUCAACAUCGCUGCGCCGGACGAGCUUUGUGAAGGUGGCGACAGCGAGGCCAACGGAUGCAGCCACAGCCAAAAGUAUUGGGAUCGGGCCGUGGCAUAG